CUCACAGAGGGAGCAUUUGGCUGCACCUCUGUGGGGGGAACUGCAUCCACCCACUAAAGGUGUCUGCAGGGUCUCCACCUUCAUCCUCCUCCCGUGCUGCGUGUGGGGCUGCAGCUCCAGCCUCUUCUCCUGCCGCGGGGAGAUGAAUUUGGGCUCGGGGGGGUGGAGACAACAAGGGGAAAGCAUCGGGCUGUGUGUGUUGGCAGCUCCGGGCUGGUGCUGCUCCUUCCCCGGGGCGCUGUUCCGCAGGGGCCCUGCCCCUUGGAAGGGGCUCUGGGGACACGGAACGUGCGCGCACGGUGCCGGGCGGUGCCCCCUGAACCACCCCUGCCUGGGUGGCCAGUGCUGGUGAGGGCUGGGGUGCCCCAGGGGUGUGGAUCUGCCCCAAAAUAUCACCCCCACGUGGCCCCUGCCCUCCUGCAGACCCCAUGCACUGCUCAUACCGAAUGUCCUCAUCCUGCCACCCACAGGUCCCCCAGCUGCGGGCUCCUGUGGGGCUCUGAUGGCAGGGAGCCGGCUGCUGGGACAGUGAGGGGACAGUGACGCUGCCAGGGGCCAUGGUGAGCGGUCCCUGGGCUGGGGAGGGCAGCGGGGUGGGAGCACGGGGGGGCUGGGGGCUGUCAGGAGUGAGCUGGAAGGGGCUGGGUCCCCCUCACCCCACCCCACAGCCACCACGGGCACCCCGUUUCCCCCCCCAGGCUGCCGUGACAGGAGGGACCCCAGCGAGCCGCCCACGUGCCGGGGGGCUCCGCCUGUCCCCGUGGGCCCCCCAACAGCACAAAUUCGGCCUCUUCGAGAUCGGCCCCGAGCACCAAUUCCACCUCCUCACCUGCCGCCUGCGCGUGGGGCUCCGCGCCGCCACCCAGGCUGCCAUUGACCACCCGCCCGCGGACGCCCCCUGCGACAGUGACUUCGCGGCAGUGCUGAGGCAGCCGCACGAGGGCUUUGAGCUGCUCACCUACGCCGGGCCGGCCUUCGCCCGCCUGCGGCGCGCGCUGGGGCUGCCGGAGGAGCUGUACCAGGCGGCGCUGAGCUCGCGGUACUUCCAGUUCGUCAGCAACUCCAAGAGCAAAGCCCGCUUCUUCCUGACGCAGGACAAACGCUUCUUCCUGAAGACGCAGACCAAGCAGGAGAUGCGCCUCCUGCUCGCCAACCUGCCCCGCUACCUGCGGCACCUCGAGGCGUUCCCGCACUCACUGCUCGUCCGCCUGCUGGGUGCCCACAGCAUCAUCGUGCCCCGCCGGAGCAGGGCAGGUGCCCCCGCCGCAGCCCUGCCCUGUCCCCAGCGCUACUUCACCGUCACGCUGAGCGUCUUCUUCCCCGACGAGGGGAUCCUCGAGAGGUACGACAUCAAGGGCUGCAGCGUGGACCGCUGGGCCGAGCCCGCGAGCGCCGUGGUGCUGAAGGACCUCAACUUCGAGGGCAAGUCCCUGGUGCUGGGCUCCCAGCGGCCGUGGCUGCUGCGGCAGCUGGAGCUGGACAGCCGCUUCCUGGAGGAGCUGCGGGUGCUGGACUACAGCCUGCUGCUGGCCGUGCGGCCCCCGCUCCCCGACGGGCUCACGGCACGGUCCCCGGUGCCGUGCCACGUCCCGCAGGGCUCGGAGCUGAGCCAGAACCUGCCCGGAGGCAGCAACCCCCUGCACUGCAUCGACGGGCCACAGCGGCGCUACUCGGUGGGGCUGGUGGAUCUCUUCACCUCCUACACCUUCCGCCGGCGCCUUGAGCACCUCUGGAAGAGGAUCCGCUACCGGGACGGGUCCUUCUCCACCGUGCCCCCCGCUGCCUACGCCCGGCGGCUGUGCCGGUGGAUGGAAGCGCACAGCGAGUGAUGGCCGCACUCGGGGCUCGCCUAAAAAACCCAUUCCUGUGCCAGAAGCUGAGUGGAGAUUUGUUAUCUGGGAUGUGGACGCCACCCCCUCGCCCGCCCAGAAGUGUCCCCAGAAAUGCUGCCCUGUCCCUGCCCCGGGCUGAGCCUCGUGGGGCUCUGUGCCCACCUCGGGGCAUUCGGCUCCCCGUGGGAUAAGCGGGGAAUGCCGGGCUGCAAAGGGCAGCAGCCCUAAAAAUAACCCCGGGGAGCAGGCGGCGGCACCACGAGGUGGCCGUGCUCCAGCCCAGGCUGAAGGUCAGGGUGCUGGGUGUGCCCCGUGCAGCUCCAGGUGCCCUCAGCACCACGCUUUGUGCCUCAGUUUCCCCCCUCGCAUCCUCCCUCGGGGAGCAGCAGGGUGUCCCCACCCCAGGGGGCUGUUUCUGGGUGCAGCCCCAUGCCCUAUUGAGCCCUUCCCCUUUCAGGACCCCCUCCCGUGGGCCGAUGUCCCUGUGCAGGAUCCGGCCCCACUCACGCCGUGCCCCCACCAGCACUCCCCAAAUCGGCAUGGGGUCUCACACCCCGCAUCCAGCACAGCCCAUGCGCCGUGGCAACACCCCAUGUUCCCCUGCCAAGGUGCCGCAGGGCCACCCCCUGCCCUGUUGCCUGCAUCCUGGGCACGAGAAGAAGGCGGAAACACGGUGGAGAAAAACCAAACCCUCCCCGUGGCGCUGCUGCUGCGAGGCUGGGCAGCCCAAACUGCGGCCCUGAGGGACGCAGCCACCUCCGAGCGAGCUGAAGGAUUGAAGAAAAUCCACGGCUGGCAAUUUGGGAGCCAUUUGUGCCUGGCGUGGGAUGUCCAAGGGUAGGUGGGUGCUCCAGUCCAUCACGGGAGGGCUGGUGGAUGGGGUCCCCUGU